AUUGGCGACGUCCACAAUGCGACCGACUGUGAUAUUAAAGAUUUAAAAAUAUAAAUAUCGUGCCGAGAAGUGAUUGUGAGAAAACCAUGUUUUACAAACCGGUUGCGUAGCGGUUUUUUGCACUCGUUUUUUGUGACAUUUGAAUUCAUUAGUUGUUGUUAUCGUCUGUGGUGUUAAUCUAAAAAGACAACGGUUAUCAUUAUCUGUGCAUAUUUGUUAUCAAACAAAUAUCGGACAAGUAAAUAAUAAGGCAAUUAUUGUUCUAUCAUAUCGACGUCCACUGUAUUUAAUUAAACAUUGCAACCGAUUAUAACUUACCGUUAUAAAAUGGACAUAGCAUUGUGAUUGCAAGUGUCGCAUACCGUCUCAACACGUGAGACAUAUCCAAGAUGGCCGACGAAAAACAAGACCCGGUAAAGGCUGAAGAGAAACCUCUAAACAAACAUCUCAUCAAGUACAAGGAUAGAAAUUUCUCAGACAAAUUAUGGUACAUACGGCAGAAUAUAACGGUGGAACCGCUACUUGCGGGGCUUAUCAUACCCAGUGUGAUUUCGAGGUUCGCUAUGGGCAAUUUUAACUUGGACAAAGCUUGCCGUGUAAAUUUUCAAUUUGGUGACGAAAUAUGCAAUGCUCUAGUUAAAAAGAACAGCAACAACUAUACAUCGUACGAACGACAAGUGCAAACUCUGAUAUCGUCCAUUGAUAUUUGGAGGAGUGUGAUCAACACUGCGCUACCAUGCAUUAUCAUCAUGUUCUUGGGAGCCUGGAGCGAUCGGACGGGAAAGAGAAAGCUUUGUAUACUGUUACCCAUUUCGGGAGAAGUUACGGCAGUUACUGGUGGUUGGGUGACAAUGUUUCUUGGUGUCUUCAGUUAUAUUAGCGACAUAACUUCUGAACAAUCGCGGACAUUCAGGGUUGGGUUGGUUAGUUUUUGUAUGACAGCAGGCGUGCCGAUUGGAAUAGCAAUGGGUGGAAUUUUAGUUCAGAAAAUGGGCUAUUACGGACUGUUUACAUCUACAACUGUCCUGUUCAGUUUAGUGCUUAUGUAUGGGUGCUUCUGUUUGAAGGAGCCUGAAAGCUUCCUUGAAGAGAAAGGACUACCCAAAAUAGAACGCCGAUGCAGCGGUGACGUAGCGUUUUUCGACCUCACCCACGUAGUGGACACAAUCGGUGUCGCGUUCCGGCGACGCGCUGGCGGCACCAGGGUCAAAGUGAUCCUCACUCUGGUUGCGGUGUUCAUAAUAUAUGGGCCAGCUAUGUCGGAACACGGCGUGUUUUAUCUAUUCGUCCGGAACCAACUCAACUGGGACAUGGUGAAGUACAGUGUUUUCGCCAGCUACUCCAUAGUUUUGCAUUCUAUAGGUGCAAUGUUUUCAAUAACAAUAUUAAGUAAGAAGCUACAAAUUGACGAUUCUCUGUUAUGCCUAAUCGCAAUGUCCAGCAAAUUUGUCGGUGCAAUAUGGACUACGUUUGUGAAAACUGACUUAGAAAUGAUUUUGAUUCCCAUAGUUGAGUUCUUCUCGUCAGCAAUACUGACGUCUCUUCGAUCCAUCAUAUCAAAACUAGUUGAGAAAGAUGAAACGGCUAAAGUAAACUCACUGUUUUCGCUGACGGAGACUUUGGCAUCCCUGGUCUUCCACCCGCUGUACUCGUGGCUAUACAUGAAGACUCUACAGGUUUUACCUGGUGCAGUGUUCCUCACUAGCGCAGCUUUGAUUAUACCCGCUUCUAUAAUUCUAAUAUUCUUCUUUAUCCAGCACCGAAGAGCGUUGAGUAACUCUAGAAGGAACGCGUUAGAAGCACAAGAAAAGAAAGACGCAGAGGCUGAGAAGGUUCUAGAAAAAAUUCCAAAUUGUGCCGUAGUAGUACCUCCAGAGUUGACGGAAAAGACUAAAUUAUAAAUCUAAAUUUCUUUAAUUGGAUAAAUUAACUAUUACGAAAACUUUCCUUAUAACACCAUCUAUAAUUUAAAACUCAGUUUAGAAUUAAUUUAAAUAUAAAAUGACAUGACGCCUUGUCUCCUUUAAAUGUAUAAUUUUACUUAGUUUUAUAAAAUUAUGUAAUAAUCUAAAGCUACCAUUCGUUGUAAUAAUUUUCUGUAAAUAGUGUGAGUUUGAAUAGUUAUCACUUUAAAUUUUUGCAAAUCAUCAUUACUCAUUUUAUUCUAAGGGUCAUUUGUUGUUUUUUCCUCAAUGUUGUUUGAUGUUUUAUUACCUAUUCGAUAAGCUUAAUUAUAUAUUAUAUAGUCAAAUUGUAUGUACUCGUAUAUUAUGUAGGUACAUAUAUUAAUCAAUAAGAUGGCAAACGCAAAAGAUUGACGAACCUAGAUAUUUUAAGCGCUAUAUAUUUAUUUUGCGGUGGCUGAUAUAAAACUGGCAAGAGAUCACGCAGGAUUGUAUUUAUUCAGUCAUUACACCCCUCUGGAAAUAGCAAAUAAUUUUAAAAUGUUGUAAUUCGUUUUAAAGAAAAGGUCACCUACGUUGGGGGUUUUACACUUACUUAAAUGAGACUAAGUAAUAACAAUUUCUUAUCAAACACAAAACACACGUUGAACGGAUGUGAUAGAAUAACAAAUCCAUAAAAAAUAAGUCGAAUGAGAACCUCCUUCAUUAUUGGAAACGUCGGUUGCAAAAGUUACUAAACUUUUACGCCCUAUCUUAAAGCAACAUGAAUAUUACCUAUACUUUUGUUAAGAAGGUUUGAAUGAAAUAUUUAUAAUUUCACUGAAAUCUCUACAACACGUUACUAUAUAAUGUAGUUAAUCUAUUUACUAUUGACACCCAAGUAGUUACUAAAACAACUUACUAAAGUUACCCAUAACUAGUAAGUAAUAUAAGAUUAUGUUUACCGUAUUGUAUUUAUGACAUUACUGUACAUAAAAGUGAUUUUAAUUAAAGU